AUGCCCGUUACGACACGAACAGCAAGCACCACGAUUGCACCAUUGGACGGUAUCGAUCUCGAACAAUGCGCGGCGAUGCAGCAGGAGGAGCGGGAGGUGCUAGAAUCGAUUUAUCCCGCCUGUAUAUCUUCGGGCGCAUCUGGUCAAAAUAUCAGGCUCGAGGUUCCUGUGGAGUUCUCUGAACCCACACUUGUUACGGUGCAGGACGAAGCGUUAAAGCACGACAUGUCGUCCACGCCUCAAGACGUUACGCAGAAUGCUCGCCUCCUCUUCCUUUCUACCCUUCCUCCAAUUUCACUUGACUUAUGUCUACCCCGCACCUAUCCAUUCAUGCCUCCACAAAUACGAGCUGUUCAUGCCACGCACUCAUGGAUGGCCACCGAAGGCACGUCAUUCCUCGAGCUCCUUGCCGCAAAGUGGUCAGAAGGUGAAGGCGUCCUUUAUACCUGGGUGGAAUGGAUCAGGAGCGGCGAAUUUUUGGAGGAGUUGUCAUUGACGUCGCUGGACAGUGGCAGGCGUGUCAUUCGCAUCUUUCACCCAACUCCCACCCUUCUCCUACCCGCUCUGGAGAAAUACAGCACGUCAACCGACGCCGCGCGUUUCUCUCAGAACUCCUACGAGUGUGAAGUGUGUCUGACUUCUAUCAAGGGCGCACACUGCAUCAUGCUCUCCUGCUCUCACGUUUUCUGUCGCUCCUGUCUCGAGGAUUUCUGGAAACUCUGCAUUAAAGAGGGCGAGGUUGGCCGUGUCGGUUGUCCAGACCCUGGCUGUGUCAAGGAGCAUAAGGAGGCCACCGAGGAGGAAGUUCGGCGUAUCGUCACCGAGGAGGAGAUCCUGCGAUGGAAAUGGCUCCACAUGAAGCGGGAUCUAGAGAAAGAUCCCACCCUCGUUCAUUGCCCGAUGGCCAUGUGCCAGACUCCUGUGCCGCGUCAGGCCAAUGUCGAGGAGGACUCGCCCUGGGCCCGCCUGCGGACUUGUUCGAACUGUGGAUACUCAUUCUGUGCUUACUGCAAGCGGACAUGGCAUGGUCCGGUCGCAAACUGUCCGAUCUCGGCCACUAAAGCCAUCCUGCUUGAAUACAUGGCGCUGGAAGAUGGAUCAAAAGAGAAGAGGGCCAUGGAGCUGCGCUACGGCAAGAUCCCGUUGCAAAGGCUCGUCACCGACUUCGAGCAAGAACGGGCGUUCUACGAGUGGGUCGAAAAGUCGAUGGGAAGACCAUGCCCAGGCUGCGAAAUGCGCUAUGAGAAACACUCAGGGUGCAAUCAUAUGACAUGUGCAAAGUGCGGGCAGCACUUCUGCUAUCGGUGCGGGGUCAAGCUCGACCGGAACUCGCCAUACCGCCAUUUCUCGACACCCGGGCUGCGCUGUUUCUCCAAGUUGUUCGACCUGGAGGACAUCAACAACGACUGGCAGCCGGUGGAGGGCUUCGCAGUAUUGUAG